UUCUGCUAUCUUCAAUCGAAUUUGGGGGAUGAGAGGAUCCAUGGAUUUACCUGAAGAAUGUUGGGAAUUGAUCUGUAAACUCAUUGAUGAAGAUGACUAUCGGUUCCUGGAAUCUGUUUCACUCGUAUCGACCUCUUUCCUCGCCAUCACCAAUCGCGUUCGCUCCACUUUCAUCAUCACCGAUCGUACUGUUCCCUUUCUCCAUCGGCAUCUCCUUCGGUUCCGGAAGCUGAAGCGAAUCAGGUUCCAUGAUUUCCAUGAAGAUCUCAAUUCGUCUCUUCUGCAGGUUUCGCUUUCCGGUUUAGAUAUCGAGUCGCUCGAUGUGUCGGGAAUGCCGUAUUUUCCAGAUUUCGGGAUGAAGAUGAUGAGAAAUCUCAAGGAAUUGAACUGUUCUGGAGUUGGGGAAUUGCGAGAAAGCGAUCUGGUUUCGAUCGGAGCGUGUUUCCCAUCUCUACAGAAGCUGGACAUAAGCUAUCCUGACUCUCUUCCGAGUCCCGUCUCUGAUUCUGGGAUUAUCAGUCUUUCGUCAAAUCUCAAGGGGCUCUUGAAGAUCAACGUUUCUGGUAAUAACCUAAUCACAGAUAAAUCUUUGGUUUCUCUAUCGCGGAAUUGUGUCCUCUUGAGAGAAAUAAUCUUCCGUGACUGCGAUUUCAUUUCAUCCGGUUGCAUCGAAUUCCUUGUGCGCAAUUCUGAGAACUUGGAGUCUCUUGCGAUCAAUGGAAUCGGAUGGAGGCCCAGGGCUUCCUUCUCCAACGAUGCCUUCUUAUUCGCUCGCUCUUUGUCUAAGCUUGAUCUCUCGGAUUCGUUUCUGUCCGAUGACUUGCUCCGUUUGAUUGCCGAUGCCAAGUUCCCUCUAAAGAAGCUUCUUCUCUCCAAUUGCCACUGUCUCAGUUUUGAUGGGCUCUUGUAUUUUCUUGCUAAGCACCAAACACUAGUUCACUUGAAUCUUGAAGGAUCAAGUUUCCUCUCUGAUGAGAUGAUAGUGGAAUUAGGGGUGUUCCUUCGGCGCUUAACCUUUGUGAACCUCAGUUUCUGUGCCAAGUUAACUGGUGUGGCAUUCUUCAACAUCAUCGAAAGAUGUGUGUCCCUCAAGCGCAUGAGAAUGGAAGGGACGAAUUUUGGAGUGGAAGAAUACUCCAAGGAGCUGGAUAUCAAGUCAGGGAUCAAGUCGUUGUGCAUAUCUGGAAACCACAAUUUGAGCGACGAGUGUCUCGAGAAGAUAUCACGCCAUUGCCCUUUUGUAGAAACUCUUGAUGUGGCUCAGUGUCCUGGCAUCACGAGAGAUGGGAUUCUUGAAGUCUUGAGGAAUUGUGGCGAGCUAAGAUCUUUGGAUAUAAGCGGAUGCACUGGCAUAAGGGGUUUUGGUGUAGUAGACUUUGAGCUUCCAAAGUUGGAGUCUCUGCGAGCAUGUGGAACUUGGAUCGACGACCAAGACCUAGAUAUGAUCAGCAAAAUAUGUCGAGGGCUGUUGCAUCUUGAUCUGAAAGGAUGCUUGACUGUGGGAUCAAGAGGGGUGAAGGAAGUUGUGCAGAGCUGCAAACGUUUAAGAGAGAUAAACCUUGGGUAUUGUAAAGUUGAUGAUGGAAUUUUCACUUGGAUGGUUUGUGCAAAUCCAUCUCUUAGGAAAAUAGUACCCCCGUAUGGUUUUUCUCCAACUAGAAAACUCCACAGCUUCUUGCUGCGUCAUGGAUGUGUAAUCUGCCAAGAUUUUUCUAAGAUGCUUUCUAAAGGAUACAAUGCCAAUGGAAGAGAUGGUGACAACAGUGACUAGACUGGUCGUUUGACCCGAUGAACUUUGGAUUGAUUUGUGAAGAAAGAAGAAUCUGCAAAAUAGUCUGAAUGAAGAAAACGGGUUGAUCUUAUAGUUCGGGUUCAUAUUUCUCACUUUCCAUGUUUAAGAUUUGUCCAGCCACAAGCGGGAUUGAGUUUUCGUCAGAUACUCGUCCCUUCUCCUCGUGUUUAUAAGUAGAACAUCACAACAUCAACUCUGCUUUGUUUUUCUUCCUGAAAUAAUGCAAAAAAAGUAUCAGGCUUUCAGUAAUCAGUAUUCUUACAUGG